AUGUUCGGAGGAGGAGGACAACAGCAGCCACCCAAGAAACCAACCCGAGAUGGACAAAUCCCCAAACGUCGUGGACCCAAACCGGACAGCAAGCCUGCAUUGACCAGACGACAGGAGCUGAAUCGUCAGGCUCAGAGGACGCAUCGCGAACGAAAGGAGCAAUACAUGCGGAAUUUGGAGACGGAAGUGCUGCGGUUAAAGGAGGCAUACACAACCGAGAUCGCCGAGGCGAAUGCGACAGCCCAGCAGCAACGGGAGAUCACUCAUGCAGUCCGGGAGGAGAACGAGAUCUUGCGAGAGAUUCUAGCAGCACAUGGAAUUCAAUAUGAAGCCGAUCUAGAGCGUCGUCGAGCGGAGCGGCCUCCGAUGGUCGGUUACCAAUCUAGUCCUGUUGGUGGCAGCAGCACUGCAUCCGCAUCGCAGACUACAGGUUUCCCUCAGUCGGCCAGCAACCACAACACGACACCUGCCACCACAAUUUCAUCCUCUGGUAUGAGUCCGCUCCACAUUACCGGCGACCACUCCCACCCGGAAAUCUCGCCUCCAAUUGGCUACGUACCUCAACAGCAAGUGUACCAGACCAGUCCAGGCGAGCAUUCUAUGGGCAUGAAUAAGUCUUCAGGUGGACCAGUCGAUUCCCUCCAGCCGGCACCCAUGCCUCGGAUAAGCGGUGUCUUUGAAAGUGAUCCUCAGUUACAGGUUGACUUUAUUCUCACUCUGGAAGGACCCUGCCGCGAACACACGGACUAUCUCUGUCGCCGCUCAGUAACUGAAGCGGACGACGAGGACAUGCCUUUCUCAGGUCACGCCCUGAUGGCAACGUGCCCACCACCCAGCUACAUCGCCAAAACAACAGCAGAAACACCAUACCCACAUAAAGCCCCCGACCUCCCGCACGCCAACCUAAGCACGCUUCUCAACCUCAGUCGCCAGCUCGUCACCGAAGGCCAAAUCACACCCAUUAUGGCCCUGCAGUGCCUCAAGAACCACGAGUUGUACACUACCCUACGUCGCGAAGACGUCAAGAUCAUCAUUGAUACCCUCAAUACCAAAGUCCGCUGCUACGGCUUCGGCGCGGUUGUCGAGGACUUUGAGUUGAUCGAUUGUCUGAGCAGUGUUCUCGGCACCAAGGUCGACCUCGGCAUGUCUGGCACAGCCGAUGAUUCGAUGUAUGGCUAA